GGAUAGCUUUGUGUCUCCUUAUCAGAGAGGGGGCGAUACUGCGCUACAGACAGCCGCUAUAGAGACUCAAGGGCUCUUACUACCGAGACCUGAUGGUGGUUUGACAGUGUUGCUUGAUCAAGACGUGAUUAUACACGAUUAUGCUUUUGGACAUGUGCCUUUUAAUAUGUCAUCGUUUAAAUACUAGGACGUGUCGAAUAAUAAGAUGUAGAUCAGACAGAGUAGACGUCCGUCCAUCGCGCCCGGCAAUCUGAAUCAUCACAGGGAUUCGUGACACGGAUUCUGCUGGAGGAAAAAAAAUAUAUAUCUAUAAAUAUAUAUUAUAUAUGGCCACGGCAUCGAGCAUUUAACCGACCCCUCAGAACAAUAACAACCAGAAUGCUACAGCACAACAACAACAAUAACUACCCUUGCCUGGACGUGGCUCAUAGAGAGCUGCUCCAUGGUUGCAGGCGAAAUGGUACUACGUUCAGCAGUGCCCUUGGAUUUGGUGCAAUCCCACUAAUUAAAGGUCUUAGGGCUUGGGCAGUAAGUGGAGGAUAUUCAAGAAGUAAGAGAAAAGCUGCAGCUGCUUCUCAAGCAUCUGACACAGCUCAUGAGAGCAGAAUUGGGACCAACCAUAGGAAGACACAUUCAUUUCAUACACCUGGGGUCAGGCAAGGAGGACUUGGCGCCCUAGUGACUGUGGCCACAUUGAAGGACUCAGAUGGAGGCAGGCAAACCCAGACUCGAUGCCUCUUUCUCAAAGCCGAAGGAUGUAAUUACCUCUGUGCUAUGGGGACCAGAGUGGAUGGAAGAAAAUCUGGAAAAGGGAGUCAGGGUGUGGGAAUUUGUGAUGGCAAACCUGUCAGAAAGUGGAGAAAGUCUAGCAAGAGACCUAAAUCCAUGGAGAACAUCUCAGUAGUCGAGAAUAAAGAGCGGGAGGCCUCUACAAAACUGGAGCUUUUGGACAAAUGUUCCAUAACACAGUGCCUACAGGCAAAAAGUGCCCUGACAGCGAUUAACAAUGAUGAAGAUCAUCUAAGAUUCAUAAGGUCAGAGUUUUCUACUCUGCAUGAGUUGUGUGAACCAGCCAUGUGCAGCCUCUCUACCAAAUAUGAUUCUAGUACAGAAGUGAAGGAAGACACAACACUAACCUCUUGCCCUAAACUCAGUGGUUGUGAGAUUUUUGUGGGACAAGACACACCCAUUUCUACCAGUGACUGUACCGAUAAGACCACAGAAAUCAGUAAACAUGAAAGUGAUCUUACAGCUGAUGUGAAUCUGAAUUAUGUUUUGAAAUCCAAGGAAAUUGCUAUGCCAAACUCUGAAGAGCAUUGUCCAGGAUCUAGAGUAGUUAUGCAUAACAAAAAUGGAAUCUCAUCCACCAUUAGCCAUAGCCACUGCAACACCACAGACACCAUUAAAUAUGACAUUGAAAUUUUAGCAGAUAGAAAUCUGAAUAAAUCCAAUGAAUUUGCUUUGGUGAAAUUUAAACAGCAUGGUCUACAGUCUGAAGUACUUUCAGAGGACACCAGUAAGACAAAUGGAACUUCGUUAACCAUUAGUCACAGCCACUUUGAGGAGACUAUCAUAACCCCUGCAUCCAGCAUCCAUUCAGAUGAUACUUUAUUAACGAUUAUGCAAGUGGAACAGGAGAUAAAGAAGAGAACAGUUGACAGUUCCUUUAAUCAUGAUAUGGAGAAGAUUGUCCAUUUUGGUGAAAUGAAGAAAGACAUGGAUAGUGCCUCCAAUCAGUAUGUGGGUCACUUAAGUGAACAAGCAGAGGAGCACUGGAGGUCACCUGCGUGUUCUUCUCAUCAUAAGGAGGAAAUAAUCAUGGAAGAAAAUAUUACAUUUGAGGAUGGAAAAAAAUUAAACUCCACAAAUGAGACUUUUGAAGAGCUUGCUAAUUCUUUAUCACAAGGUUCUGGCUCUUUCAAUGUUGCUAAUGCUAUUACAUCCCUGCCUAAUCCGGCCCCCACCACAAACACAGCUGCCCUCAGAUCCAUAAGUAGGCAGCAACAGGAGGGGACCAAGGGUAGGAGAUUAGCACUAAAACCAGCAUUGGAGCUGUUAGAAAAGCAGGAGAGAGACCAGGAAGUGGACAAAGUGGCUGACGAUGGGCCUGAUGUGGUGGAUGAGGAAGAUGGGGAUGAGUUUGGAGUCUUUAUGAAGGCAGGAGAUGAGCAGGUCUGGAAUGAAGGAUUCAACAAACUCAAAAAAGUGCCUUGUGAGAAGCAUGCUGGCAUUGACAUUAGAAACUCCUCUGUUUCAAAUAAACCCCCAUCCUGGACCUCUGACUGGACCAGAGGCCUGUCAAUCAAGCAAUCAGAGGAUACAUGGACUGCCUUCAAGCAGGAAGUUGUCAGUAGAGAAACAGAGGAGUGCUGGUUUUCGACUGCUGUGGAAAAAAUGCACCUCACACACUCAUCUCUUGUUACUGUGCCAAAUGUGUUUUUAGAGGCCUUUCCCAAUCUAAAACCCUCCUGUGGAGAUUCUGACUGCAUUCCCACAUUGACAGAGCUACUGCAAGGAUCUGCAGCAGAAAACAGACCUGAAAAAAAUGGUAGGCAGAGUCUAUUGGACAGCCUUCAGGAUCUGGACCGCAUGAUUGGUGUGAAAUACAAGGUGGCAGAGUCUCUGUCCCGAAAGCUUCUCCUGCAGUCACUGAACCUGAGGACCCUGAACCCUGAGCAUGCAGGCGGCCGUAAACAAAACAUGGCAAGGUUUUCACCGAACCUUCCCACGUCCAACCAGCAGUUAGCAGCUAAUGCUAAAAGAAGACUCUCUUAUGACAUCAACAGAAACAUCAUGUCAUAGUUUCUCCCAACUUUAAAUCACUCUAUUCUUCAACAGCUGGAGAAAGAAUAACUUCAGAUGAAAACAAGCAGAUUUUUUCCCCCUUAAGCCUGUGCCCUCUGUUCCCGCUGCAGUCACACGGAAGAUUAGUUGUUGUAUAUUUAUCUCUGUUAGUAUUUUUGUCCAUUUCCCAACAAUCUAUUUAAAAUCAAAACACAUCACAUGCAUCCUGAUGUUGCUAAAAGACAUUCCUGGGUCAACAAGGAUCAGCUUGAUCAUAUGACAUUACCACAUUUACCUGAGACUAAUUAACUAUAUAGUGAACUUUGCUACUGGUUUUGAUUACACAAUAAAAGCAUUUACCUAAUGUUAGCUUGCUAGUACUUAACAUCAGAUAUCUAAUGCUGGGGAGGGAGCACUGAUGUUAGUUAGGCCAACUACUUAGCUGGUUAACUUAUCGAACGUUGCCAGACUAAUAUUAUUUCUUUCAUUCAUUCAUUCAUUCAUUCAUUCAUUCAUUCAUUCAUCUAUAUCCGGUGUCAUGGUGGAUUUGGAGCCGAUCCCAAGAACACUGGGCACUGGGUAAGAAUCCAUCACCGGACACCUUGCACACACAUUCAAACAUUCAUUCACACCUAUGGGCAAUUUAGCAUAUCCAAUCCACCUACCAGCAUGUUUUUGGAAGGUGGGAGGAAACUGGAAAACCCAGAGGAAAACCAUGUGGACACAGGAAGAACAGAAACUCUACACAAACAGUAACAAAUGCUGUAUUAUGUCAUUACAUUAUGCCUGGACAAUUGAAAGCACAGGUUAGGGAUAAUUUCACAUAUUACUCCCUUAUUGACCCAGGGAUUCAUUUUCUCAUUUAGCAGAUACGUUUAUCUGUAGUAAAUUGCAAGCAUAGAUAUAGAAGAAGAACAAGAGCAACAAUAACAACAACAAUAAGAACAAUAAUUAUUAAUUAUUAAUUAUUUAAUAUUUAAUAUUAUUAAUAAUUAUUAAAUAAUUUUUAAGGGCUCAGUAGCAUCACUCUGAACUUAGCUUUCAAGUAAUCAAUAAGGAACCUUAACCUAUUAUUACUCCCAGUGUGGACAAUAAGGAUAUUUGGACAUUAAAAUUAUAUAACAUUGAGCUGAAACAAAAUUUACUAGUCCUGUGCCAAAACGUGAUCCAUACUGUUACACUUUACAUUUUCUUCUUUGUAAUGACGUUUCAAUUGUUCUGGUUCUUGUCUCUCAAAUUACAUUUGUUUCAGAUUAAAUGUUUGUUGUCCAAAUUAUCAUCCUAGCUCACUGUUCAAUGAAAUGAAUGAUGAAUAUUUGGAUUUUUUUUCAGACCAUUAAAAUCUAACUGCUUUUAUUUUCUUUAUUUUUCAUUUGAAACAGACAAUUACAAUGUGCCAUUUUUACCAAAUGUGAAAUUCUGAAGAAUAAAAACUAUUUUCUCAGUUUGAUGAUCAUGUACUCCUGUCAACAUGUUAAUAAUAAUGAUGAUGAUAAUAAAAAAAAGUAAUCAUUGGAUUUGA